GCAAGAUCAUCACCCUUACUUACCAGAUCACAAUUCACAAGUAACUGUGAAUGAAAGGACACUCACAAGAUUCAGCUGCCACUAUCAAAAUCUCGUCAGGCUGACACGAUCUAGCCAAUUGAAAAUUGGAGCUGGGAGGGACAAAUCAAUCGCCUCUGCCUGUGGCCCAAAUUCUCUCUCUCUUUCUCUCUCAUCGAACCUUCCUCUCUUUCCUACUUCGCGGCGGCCGCAGGCGGCUCCUCCAAUUUCGCCACCAACAAUAAGAAAAAGGUCAUAAGCUCAAUCUUCAUUAAUCCCCAAGAAUUUCAAUCCCAAAGCUUCUUUUUCUCGCAGAUCUGAGCAGACUUCCAUUUUUGGUCGAGAUUUUUCUGGAAUAGAUUGGCUUCGGAAAAUGAGACGGAGACCGCAGGACUUUCGCCGCCCCGUGCGGCGGCGGUUCUCGAAUGUGCUGUGGUGGUCGCUUUGCGCCGUGGCGGUCAUGCUCUUCAUCUACAUUUUGACCAAAGGGAAUCAGAUUGAGUCCGGGCCCGCCAUUGCUAGAAAAUCUUACAGGCAAGAAAAGUUUAUGGAAAGUCUUAACAUUACAGAAGAAAUGCUGAACCCUAACUCAGUGGCACGGCAGCUGAGCGACCAAAUUUCUCUUGCAAAAGCUUUUGUUGUGAUUGCAAAAGAGAGCAACAACCUUCAGUUUGCUUGGGAAUUAAGUGCCCAGAUCCGCAAUUCACAGAUCCUCCUCUCAAAUGCUGCAAUAAGAAGAGCUCCUCUUACAGUUAAAGAAUCAGAAGGUGCAAUCCGGGAUAUGGCAAUUCUACUCUAUCAAGCCCAGCAAUUUCAUUACGAUAGUGCUACAAUGAUCAUGAGACUGAAAGCCAAGAUCCAAGCUCUGGAAGAACAGAUGAGCUCCGUGAGUGAGAAGAGUUCGAAAUAUGGGCAGAUAGCUGCUGAAGAAGUUCCAAAAAGUCUAUACUGCCUUGGUGUUCGGUUGACUACUGAAUGGUUCAGAGAUUUAAGUCUACAGAGGAAAAUCAAGGAAAGAAAGCAAGUGGACAUGAAACUUAAAGACAACAAUCUCUACCAUUUCUGUGUCUUCUCUGACAAUAUCGUUGCAACCUCAGUUGUGGUCAAUUCAACCGCUUUAAGUUCCAGACAUCCGGGGAAGGUUGUCUUCCAUCUGGUUACCGAUGAAAUAAAUUAUUCAGCGAUGAAGGCCUGGUUUUCCAUGAAUAAUUUCCGUGGAGUGACGGUUGAGGUCCAAAAGUUUGAAGUCUUUAGCUGGCUAAAUGCAUCUUAUGUUCCUGUUCUUAAGCAGCUCCAAGACUCUGAAACUCAGAGCUAUUACUUUUCCGGCAGCAAUGUCGAUGCUCGGACUCCAAUCAAGUUCAGAAACCCUAAGUAUCUGUCCAUGCUUAACCACCUCAGGUUUUAUAUUCCAGAAGUAUUCCCUGCACUGAAGAAGGUGGUCUUUCUUGAUGAUGAUAUUGUGGUUCAGAAGGAUCUAGCCGAUCUCUUCUCCAUAGAUUUAAAUGGCAAUGUUAAUGGAGCAGUGGAGACGUGCAUGGAGAAAUUUCAUAGAUACCACAAAUACUUGAAUUACUCUCAUCCUCUCAUAAGAUCGCACUUCGACCCCGAUGCAUGUGGAUGGGCGUUUGGGAUGAAUGUGUUUGAUUUGGUUGAGUGGAGGAAAAGGAAUGUCACCGGAAUAUACCACUAUUGGCAGGAAAAGAAUGUCGACCGAUCAUUAUGGAAACUUGGUACGCUGCCUCCAGGGUUGUUGACAUUCUACGGGCUGACACAGCCUCUGGAUCCCUCGUGGCAUGUGUUGGGGUUGGGCUAUACAAAUGUUGAUCAUCAGUUGAUAGAGAAGGGUGCCGUGCUGCACUUCAAUGGGAACUCAAAGCCAUGGUUGAAGAUUGGAAUAGAGAAGUACAAGCCCCUUUGGGAGAAAUAUGUUGAUUAUUCUCAUCCUUUAGUGCAAAGUUGUAAUUUCCACUGAUUUAGGACAUGGGAAGUUUAUUACAUCUAUUCCACGAUAGAGUUGGUGCAUGAGAAGAUCUGAUUUUUUUUUUUUUUUUUUGGUGUGGUGGGGGGGAAUGCUUGUAUGAU